AUGAAGGCUGUGGGGCGGGAUCCUUUGCCGCGGUGGAGUCCAAGAUGGCGGCGUGCGGUUCCGCUGUGUGAAACCAGCGCGGGGCGGCGGGUUAGUCAGCUCCGCGGAGACGACCUCCGACGACCCGCAAUAAUGAAGGGAAAAGAGCGCUCCCCAGUCAAGCCCAAACGCUCCCGUGGCGGUGAGGACUCGACAUCCCGUGGGGAGCGCAGCAAGAAGUUAGGGGGCUCUGGCGGCAGCAAUGGGAGCAGCAGCGGAAAGACCGACAGCGGCGGUGGGUCUCGGCGCAGCCUUCAUCUAGAUAAGUCCAGUAGCCGCGGUGGCAGCCGCGAGUAUGACACUGGUGGGGGCAGCUCCAGUAGCCGCUUGCAUAGUUACAGCUCCCCUAGCACCAAAAAUUCUUCGGGCGGGGGCGAGUCGCGCAGCAGCUCCCGGGGUGGAGGCGGGGAGUCACGUUCCUCUGGGGCCGCCUCCUCAGCUCCUGACGGCGGGGAAUACAAGACCCUGAAGAUAAGCGAGUUGGGGUCCCAGCUGAGUGACGAGGCGGUAGAGGACGGACUGUUUCAUGAGUUUAAGCGCUUUGGUGAUGUAAGUGUCAAAAUCAGUCACCUCUCGGGUUCUGGCAGCGGGGAUGAGCGAGUCGCCUUUGUGAACUUCCGGCGGUCAGAGGACGCGCGGGCGGCCAAGCAUGCCAGAGGCCGCCUAGUGCUCUAUGACCGGCCGCUGAAGAUAGAAGCUGUGUAUGUGAGCCGGCGCCGCAGCCGCUCCCCCUUGGACAAAGAUUCCUACCCUCCGUCAGCCAGCUUGGCCGGGGCGUCUGUUGGGGGUCACCGGCACCCCCCGGGAGGAGGUGGCGGCGGCCAAAGAUCACUUUCUCCUGGGGGCGCCGCCUUGGGUUACAGAGACUACCGGUUGCAGCAAUUGGCUCUUGGCCGCCUGCCCCCUCCGCCUCCGCCUCCAUUGCCCCGAGAACUGGAAAGAGAGCGAGACUACCCGUUUUAUGAGCGAGUGCGCCCAGCUUACAGUCUUGAGCCGCGGGUGGGAGCUGGGGCAGGAUCUGCUGCUUUCAGAGAAGUGGAUGAGAUCUCACCCGAGGAUGAUCAGCGAGCUAACCGGACGCUUUUCUUGGGCAACUUAGACAUCACUGUGACAGAGAGUGAUCUCAGAAGGGCUUUUGAUCGUUUUGGAGUUAUCACAGAAGUAGACAUCAAGAGGCCAUCAAGGGGUCAGACUAGUACCUAUGGCUUUCUUAAAUUUGAAAACCUAGACAUGUCUCACCGGGCCAAAUUAGCAAUGUCUGGAAAAAUUAUCAUUCGGAAUCCUAUUAAAAUUGGUUAUGGUAAAGCAACACCCACCACCCGCCUCUGGGUAGGAGGCCUGGGACCCUGGGUGCCUCUUGCUGCCCUGGCACGGGAGUUUGACCGGUUUGGCACCAUACGUACCAUAGACUACCGCAAAGGUGAUAGUUGGGCAUAUAUCCAGUAUGAGAGCCUGGAUGCAGCUCAUGCGGCCUGGACCCACAUGCGGGGCUUCCCACUGGGUGGGCCCGAUCGUCGCCUUAGAGUAGACUUUGCAGAUACAGAACAUCGUUACCAGCAGCAAUAUCUGCAGCCUCUGCCCUUAACUCAUUAUGAACUGGUGACAGAUGCUUUUGGACAUCGGGCACCUGACCCUUUGAGGGGUGCUCGGGAUAGGACACCACCCUUACUCUACAGAGAUCGUGACAGGGACCUGUAUUCUGACUCUGACUGGGUACCACCCCCGCCGCCGGUCCGGGAACGCAGCACUCGGACUGCAGCUACUGCUGUGCCUGCUUAUGAGCCACUGGAUAGCCUGGAUCGCAGGCGGGAUGGCUGGUCUUUGGACCGGGAUAGAGGUGAUCGAGAUCUGCCUAGUAGCAGAGACCAGCCUCGAAAGCGAAGGCUCCCGGAGGACAGUGGGGGACGACAUCUGGAUAGGUCCCCAGAGAGUGAUCGCCCACGGAAACGUCACUGUGCUCCUUCUCCUGACCGCAGUCCAGAGCUGAGCAGUAGCCGGGAUCGCUACAACAGCGAUAAUGAUCGCUCUUCCCGGCCUCUGCUCUUGGAAAGGCCCUCUCCAAUCAGAGACAGACGAGGCAGUUUGGAGAAGAGCCAGGGUGAUAAGCGAGAUCGUAAGAACUCAGCAUCAGCUGAACGGGAUAGGAAACACCGGGCAGCAGCUUCCACUGAGGGGAAAAGCCCUCUGAAAAAGGAAGACCGGUCUGAUGGGAGUGCACCCAGUACCAGCACUGCUUCAUCGAAGCUGAAGUCUCCUUCCCAGAAACAGGAUAGUGGGACAGCCCCGGCGGCGGCAGCAGCAGCAGCAGCCUCUCCUAAACUCUGUUUGGCCUGGCAGGGCAUGCUUCUAUUGAAGAACAGCAAUUUUCCUUCCAACAUGCAUCUGUUGCAGGGUGACCUCCAAGUGGCCAGCAGUCUUCUUGUGGAAGGCUCAACUGGAGGCAAAGUGGCCCAACUCAAAAUCACUCAGCGUCUUCGUUUGGACCAGCCCAAGUUGGAUGAAGUAACUCGACGCAUCAAAGUGGCAGGGCCCAAUGGUUAUGCUAUUCUUCUGGCUGUGCCUGGAAGUUCAGACAGCCGGUCCUCCUCUUCCUCAGCCACGUCAGACACUGCCACCUCUACUCAGAGGCCACUUAGGAACCUUGUGUCCUAUUUAAAGCAAAAGCAGGCAGCUGGGGUGAUCAGCCUCCCUGUGGGAGGCAACAAAGACAAGGAAAACACCGGGGUCCUUCAUGCCUUCCCACCCUGUGAGUUCUCCCAGCAGUUCCUGGAUUCCCCUGCCAAGGCACUGGCCAAAUCUGAAGAAGAUUACCUGGUCAUGAUCAUUGUCCGUGGUGCCAAAACUGGUGAACAGCAGAUGAAGAUAUGGAAUUCAAAGCUCUAAUGGACCUUUUUGAAGAGAAGUUGUGGCUUAUGUGGAGUUUACAUGGGCCUCUUGAUGGAAGAAAAGCUAAUCUGUUUAGUAUUUGUGCAUUUUACUAAAAUGGCAGCUUAAAGUUGUGUAUCUGCUAUUGUGAUGCCAAUGCCGGUGUUUUAAGUGGAAAAAAAAUGACCUUUGCUUUGUGCUGUGUACACAAGAUUUCUGGAAAAGUAAAGAAAAAACCCUUUUUAUGGCUCACACAGCUUAAAAGUAGCUGUCACUCAAACGUGCGCUCACAGUUGAGCUGCUUUUGUUUUAUUCUAAAUAAAUUGUUUCUUUUGAGGAAAAUGUUUUUCU